GCCAGCGAUAAGGAACUGACGAGCUGUGGUCCGUAUGCAAUGAAAGAGGAUGAUGCGAUGGUUUAUAGAAGGCCUUAUAUUACAUCUGGUUCAUCAGGGUUUGCACUAAAUGCAAUUAGUAGGGCCAUGAAAAAAGAGCUUAAGGCAUGUGUGGAAGAUACAAAAGCAAUUCUCACUGAUGAAAAUUGGAUAGUUCGAACUACGGUGUGUUGGGGCCAGAGGGACCGUUGGCUGAACUACGAUGAAGUGGAAGAUUUCUGCAAAAACUCAAACCAUAAACUGAUUGAGCUUCCAAUGGCAGGGCAUCAUGUCCAGGAAGAUAGUGGCGAAGAACUUGGCGGGAUCAUUUCGGGACUUAUCAGCCGAAGGAUCAUAACAUGAUAAGUUACAAUUUUUUUAGAGUUACCUAUAUACUCCAAACAUCAAUUUUUU